GGGUGGGGGGGGGGAGCGGGCGGCGACCCGGCCCGAAUUUCACCUCAGCGCUGCUCGGAUCUGCGGGGCCAUGGAGACAAAGGCACGCGGGUGUUCAAGAAAGCGAGUCCCAACGGGAAGCUCACGGUGUACCUGGGCAAGAGGGACUUUGUGGACCACAUCGACGUGGUGGAUCCCGUGGACGGAGUGGUGCUGGUUGAUCCUGAGUACCUGAAGGAGAGGAAAGUGUUCGUGACGCUGACGUGCGCCUUCCGUUACGGCCGCGAGGACCUGGACGUGCUGGGCCUGACGUUCCGCAAGGACCUGUUUGUGGCCAACGCUCAGGCCUUCCCCCCCGUGCCCGAGGACAGGAAGCCCCUCACCCGCCUGCAGGAGCGCCUCAUCAAGAAGCUGGGCGAGCACGCCUACCCCUUCACCUUCGAGAUCCCCCCCAACCUGCCCUGCUCCGUCACGCUGCAACCCGGCCCCGAAGACACAGGGAAGGCCUGCGGUGUGGACUAUGAGGUCAAAGCUUUCUGCGCGGAGAACCUGGAGGAGAAAAUCCAUAAGAGGAACUCUGUUCGCUUGGUCAUCCGCAAAGUGCAGUACGCCCCGGAGCGCCCCGGCCCCCAGCCCAUGGCUGAGACCACCAGGCAAUUCCUCAUGUCAGACAAACCGCUGCACCUGGAGGCGUCUUUGGACAAGGAGAUCUACUACCACGGGGAGCCCAUCAGCGUCAACGUCCACGUCACCAACAACACCAACAAGACGGUGAAGAAGAUCAAAAUCUCAGUGCGCCAAUACGCCGACAUCUGCCUCUUCAACACGGCCCAGUACAAGUGUCCCGUGGCAGUGGAGGACGCCGAUGACAUGGUGGCUCCGAGCUCAACGUUCUGCAAAGUCUACACCCUGACCCCUUUCCUUGCCAACAACCGGGAGAAACGUGGGCUGGCCCUGGAUGGCAAGCUGAAGCAUGAGGACACCAACCUGGCCUCCAGCACGCUGCUGAGGGAUGGAGCCAACAAGGAGAUCCUGGGCAUCAUCGUGUCCUACAAGGUGAAGGUGAAGCUGGUGGUGUCGCGAGGAGGCCUGCUGGGAGACCUUGCCUCCAGUGACGUGGCGGUGGAGCUGCCCUUCACCCUGAUGCACCCCAAACCCCGAGAGGAGCCGGCGCACCGGGACGUUCCAGAGAACGAAGCUCCCAUAGAUACAAACCUGAUAGAGCUUGACACAAAUGACGACGACAUCGUGUUCGAGGACUUUGCCCGGCAGCGGCUCAAGGGGAUGAAGGACGACAAGGAGGAUGAGGAGGAAAGGACCAACUCCCCCCAGCUCAACGACAGAUAAGCAGACCCUGAGCUGCCCACCCUGCUCGCAUCCACGCGUUCAGAGGCUUCUUCUUCUCUUUGGGUUUUUGUAUGAUGAUGAUGAUGAUGAUGAUGAUUCGCUUUGUUUUCUACCCCACGGAUCCGCCGCCAGCAGCCAUCAGACCCUGCGCCGCCUGCUCCCCCUUGUCCCCAUUCGUCCCUUUUGGGGGUGGGCUGGGGGGACCCGAGGCUCAGCCUUCACCCCGUCAGCCUUCACCCCUCCGCCCCCUUUUUCCCUUCCCGAAGCUCCGGGCCCUUUCCUGGGAGCUGCUCUUUUAUGCAUUUUGUAUUGUCUGCUCUCGAUGCUGGGGAGGGGAGAAAGGGUGCAGCAGAAUUUUGGGAAGGGGGGGGGUGGAUUUUUUUUUAAGGCAGCCUGCUUGUGGGAAAGGGCCCCCAUCCAUCCAUCCAUCCAUC